UGAUGGUUGUCACUUCGCACUUCGCGUCUAGCCUCCUUCAUUUCUUAGCACAUUGUGGCAGAAUGUUGGAAGAAGGGCGCUGUCUUCAUAGCAGCCUAGGUUCCAGAUCGACUCGCGACGCGAGUUGUAUCCGAUCGGAAAUCAGAUGGACGCAUGACGAUUUGCUGAAGUCGUGCAUGCGGUGUUUGUGUAUGGAUUGUAUCGAUGUAGUUUCAACUUUUGAUGUCCUGGACAGGAGUGGUGGAAGUUUCCAUCGCGGCCCGCGAAAGUCCUUCGAUUAGUACACGAACUUUCUUCUCAGACUCGAUUGUUUUUGUUGUUGUUUGACGGAUGGACGACAGCGUGCAGAGGAUGUAAGUCACCGGAGCUUCUUAAACCGGAGAAGACAUUUGCUAAAAUCGAGUGGAGGAAAUCAUAUACCGGAAUUAAAUCGAAAGCAGAAUCAUGGCUGCACACGCAGCUGUUGCCCGGCUAAGGGCUUGUGGGUCUUUUUCUUGCCGCGCUCAACUCUGUUCGACACGUAGAGGAGUUGCUGUCGUGAGCACUCGCGGAAAUAUGAAUUAUCCCUUCUUUCCCUCGGCUCAACUCUCCAUGGAAACGCUAAAAAAUGCGACGGGAGGAAGUUCUGGAAAAGACAGCAAUCAAGGAUGCUAUGAUCAUGCUGUAGCUCUGCUUGCAAGAGCUCCUGUCUUGCCUAAGCUAGUGGUUGUUGACUUGGACUACACCGUCUGGCCUUCAUACUGUCAAUACAAGACCCUUAUGGAUUCUCCAACUGUCUACCCAGAAGCAGUGGACGUAAUCAAAGCUUUAGCAGCCAGCCGAGUCACUUUAGCUGUGGCUUCUCGCACACCUGCUUUGGCAGUUGCUAUGCACUUCUUGGAAAAACUCUCGAUAGUUGACUACUUCUCCUACUUGGAAAUAUAUUUCACCAUUUUUGCAAAAACAAAGCACUUUACUGCUUUGAAGGAUAAAACAGGCUUUUCUUACGAGUCCAUGCUCUUCUUUGAUGAUGAAGCAAAGAACCUCACUUCUGCUCGCAAACUUGGUGUUAAUGCAAUCUUAGUUGGAGAAGGUUUGAACUUGAAAGCUCUUGAAGAAGGGCUUGUUCUUCUGGCUUCAAAAGGAUAGUAUGUCAACGACGGAGUAACCUUUCUGAGGGUUUCAAGAGAUCUAAGCUUACUAAAAGGGACAUAUUCAAGUCGCAACCUUUCUGAGGGUUUCAAGAGAUCCAAGCUUACUAAAAGGGACAUAUUCAAGUCGCGUGCGCUCCGGAGACGUGUCAUUUUCAAGUGGCCCUUGGUUUCCUCUCUUGAAUUAGAAUACAGGGAGAGACAACUCUUCAAAGCAAUGACCUCAAUUUAUUUGCGACAGGUGAGAAUUGCGGAGGUUUUAUUACCUUUAAAUUAUUGCUUUUAAGAUGUCUAGCCUGAAAUCUUGGUUCUUAUUCAGGUACAAAAUGCUGUUAGUCUGACUGUUAAUGGAGGGUUAGAAUUCAACCAUGCUGGUUGGUGGAUGACGUUCGUGUUAGUUCACUUAGUUGUGAAUGUCAUUUCAGAAUGCCCAUUGACGUGAUCCAUUCGGAAAGACACGAAAUUUUGGUUGUUGUCAUCCUUGCUGCGCUUCCUGGUCUUAUCUAUGGGUAAGCUGAUGGAGGUGUGUUUGAAUGUUUGCCCUGAAUGU